AGUGCAGUGAUACAUUGUGCAUAAACAUUAUAUAUAGCAUUUUUAAAUACCCUCCUCUGGGUGUCAGCAACUCGAAUCAUCUCCACCAUGGCGACGUCCGAGUCUGCAAAUUCCGUCUCUCAAGUCCCUGAAAACUGUCGAGCUCCCAAUAAUCCUAUCCUUAAGUUGGCAUUCAAAAUAUUGUGCAUUAUUGCAGUCUCUCGGGAGUCUCUCGACCAUUGGAAGGAUACAAAGAACAAAGACUGGAAGGAACAUGUCUCAAUUAUGGUCAAUCGAUUCCAGAACACAAACGUCACUGCCGGGCUCGUGCUCGCAACUACUACUCUAUUCCUGUCGUCACCCCCUCCUGUGGAGCAUUUGAUGGCUUAUAACUCUACAAUCUCGUACAUCAUCGCCAUGAUUUCAUUUGAUGCUGCAUUGCUCAGCGUGAUAUCUGGAUCUGCUGUGCUUGUUAUCUAUGAAACUAGUACCGCCCACAAAGACAUGGAAACCCUCAAGCACAUGCCACGAUACCAAGUCAUCGCGCUGCUGUUAUGGUUAGCAUGGCCCUCGAUCUGUCUGUCAGUCGCUACCUGCUUUUUGUUUGUGGCUAUCUUUAUCGCCUGCUUCGGGUCCGAUAAUAUCGUUGUCAACAUCAUAACUAUCUUGGCUUGUGUGGCCUUCCUUUCAAACGGAGCCCUUACGCUCUACGUUUUCGCCGUUGUGGGCAAAAAGCCCGCCAAUGGUAAAAAAAACACCCCCACACAAGUUAUCGACAUGCAUCAUGCUAGUAUAGGUGCUGCAUGCCUUCCGCGUUGACAGUGAUGACUGGCCGUGAUAAUUGCUAUAGUAUGGUUGA